AUAUUUUGUUUUGUAAAAUCAUUCAUUCAAAUUAACUGAUUUUGGAAAAUUUAAUACAAUAACCAGACUAACAAUGACUUCAUAUCUUUGUCAUUGCCAGCUAAGCACGGAGCCCAUCGUGCUUGUGCACGGCGGUGCCGGCUCCAUUACGGAUGCCCAAUUGCCUGUUGCAUUACAUGGAGUCAAAACGGCAGCACGCGUCGGCUUCGAGACACUCAAAUGUGGCGGCAGUGUGUUGGACGCCGUGCAGCAGGCGGUGCGCUCAAUGGAAAUCAAUCCACAAUUUAAUGCCGGCUAUGGUUCAGUGCUCACUUGGGAGGGCAAAGUAGAAAUGGAUGCAGCCAUCAUGAACGGUGAUGAUUUGAAUGCGGGUUGUGUUUCCGUAGUACGCGACAUUUACCACCCCGUCGAUUUGGCGCGCCGUGUUAUGGAGAAGACGCGACACAUGUUCCUUUCGGGCGAAGGUGCAAUGCUUUUCGCAGAGGAAGAGAAUUUCGAAAUUCUACCCGAAGGCGCUUUGGUCACGAAUAAAUCACAGAAAGCACUUGAAGACUAUAAGAAUAGUUUGAAUGCUACGACAAAGAAAUUGUGCAAUUCCGAUUUGAAUAUUGGAUGUCCUUGUGAUGUACAAGGUGUCCUGUCCUAUUCUGUUCUCAAGAAUUUCCUCAAAGAAUACGGUUCACAAGGAACGGUUGGUGCUGUUGCUAUUGACGAAUUGGGCAAUUUAGCUGCCGCUACAUCCACGGGUGGCAUAACAGGCAAAAUGCCUGGACGUGUUGGUGAUUCACCACUACUAGGUGCUGGCACUUAUGCCGAUAACGAAGUGGGCGCCAUAUCGGCUACUGGUCAUGGUGAGACAAUUAUGCGUUACAAUGUAGCCUCGCGCAUUUUGGCUCACAUUAAAUAUGAAAAUAUGACGGCAGAAGAAGCGUCAGCUAAAGUUCUGAAGGACAUGACGCAACGUUUUCAGCAGGGAGCCGGCAUAAUAAGUAUCGAUAACAGCGGCAAUGUGGGCAUCAACUUUACAACGGCACGUAUGACUUGGGCCUAUCAACGCGGUGAAGAGCUACAUUAUGGUGCUGAUCCGAAUGAAGAUAAUGUCGACAUAGUAGGAGAACCCCGGCUAAGCGCUCUGGACUUGUGUGUUUAAGCCCUUUCGCUGUUGGCGUAAUAUUAAUUGUCUGGUAUUAUUGUUAUAAGCAAAAUUUAAAGCAAUAUUCAAAAAAUUUCUGUA